AUGAGACUGAACCAAAAUCGCCGCCAGUCGCCGAGUCAUCCAGACAAGAAGAAGAAGACAAGAAGUCGUUGUGGAGAAGAAACACAAUUCCCCAUGUGCACUGACAAUGACUGGGUCUCACAUUGCCCCUCCGGCUGCAGAAUCCAGGGUUUGAUUCUUGAACAUGAGAAGAAAGUGGAGAAUAAACUGUGGAAUAUCUGUAAAAUGGCAAAGACUUACGAAGACGCAGCCGAGAAGUCUAUGGCAACAACCGCACAGAUUUAUCAUCGCAACCGAGAACACCUCAUGAACGCAACUGCUCUGCAGGUGAAGUUUGUAGAAGGAGCAGAAGAUUUGACCAAAAACUUGACUUCUCUACGGAAACGCUCUAAAAGUCUGGAACUGAAAAUGACAGAACUGAACGAAGAAAUACAAAAGCAACUGAGAGAGCUGCUGCGAACAGAGGUGGAGGUGAACAUGAGGCUGCGCUCCUGUCUCGGCUCGUGUCAGACCGGCUCAUCGGUUUCACUAGAUCCAGAAGACUAUGCGACGCUCCGAUUCCAAACGGGACAAAUUGUGGAAAAGAAGUUUAAAUCUGAUGCUGUGGAACCAGAGAUGGUCCCACAAAUCCGCACCGCUCCAGUGGACUUCGGGCCAGAGCCGAGCCCCGUUUAUAAAACCAUCAAAACAGUUCUGGAUGAAGGACUGAACCUGUUUGAAGAUCUGCGGCCGCAACGUGUCGAGUUUGAGGAGAAUGGUUUAAGGUGA